AUGACUAGUAUACCCAACAGCGGAGCAUCAGGGAGCAGCAGUGAUUCAGAGAGCAGCUCAGAGUCGGACACAGACGAAUCAGAGAGCAGCUCCAGUGACAGCGAGUAUAAUCAGGCCUCCCGCACACACACUCCAGAGCCUGAGCCACCCUCUGCCAACAAGUGGCAGCUGGACAGCUGGUUGAAUAAGGUCCAAGCUCAAACCAAACCCCUUGUUCCCCCACAGCAAGAGCAUGGCACAGGCUCCAUCACCCAGGGUCCAGGGACUUUCUCUCCAGGGAGUGAAGCACCAGGAGUGGGUACGGCUGCUAAGACCAAGCCCUGCGUAUCCAACAGCACCCCUGCCCCAGCUGCACCAACAGUGGAACACAAGGACACAAGGGGAGCCUUCUGCCCAGGCAGAGAGAAGGCCAAGGCCAAGCUCAGCCAGAAGGCCUCAGGGGAGAGCCAGAGGUCAAAGAUGAGGUUGUCACCGGGGCUGUUGUCAGGGCCAGAGGUCACGACCCCGAGGAGGAACACCACGGGGAAGAAACAGCCCAGACGGACAGAGAGGUCAAACAGUGUGGAGGAUAAUCAGAACCAGACAUGGAGCAGAACAAACCAGCAUAGCCCCGCAGCUAGGGAGAAGGACCUGUUGCCUCCCCCCUCCCUGGAGCUUCAGAACCCCCUGAGGCCACGAAGCAAACCCCCCAGUGGGAAAACAGCCCCCAGGAAAGAACCUCGCAGUGCUACCAACUCAAACAACAACACAGUUACUCCACCAGCAGCGCUACAGCAAGCCCCCGUGCCAAUCCCUGCUGUAAGUGUAAACCAGGACAAGAGAAAACACAGAGGUCCAAGCAACAAAAUCACACCUAAGUCCAGAGAAUUCAUCGAAACCGAUUCCUCUUCCUCCUCCUCUGAAUGCCAGUCAGAUUCAGAGGAAGCCAUCAAAAUCCCCACUCUGCCACCUCAGACAACACGCUCCGCUAUUAACACACAGACUCUGUCCAACACACACAUGCACACGCCUCUUCUCCCAUGCCUCAGCUCUGCUGGGAGUGUGGGGACAUUUGGAGGGAAGGGACUCCGAGUCAAAGAUGGUAGCAAUGUGACCACUAAUGGUAGCAGCAGUAGUAAUAGUAGCAUCAGCAGUGGUAGUAAUGGCAGCAGUAGUAGCUGUAACUCUCUAAGCAUUAGCAACAUAAGUGGUUCAUUUGGCACUUCUGUUCCUGAUCCUGGAGGGUUAGGAGGUCAGUGCAAAGACCCAGAGUCCCUCUCACCACCUUCCAGCAUGGGUCACGAGGUGGCUCUGUCCCCCUUGCGGGAAUACCAAGAGAUCCAAAGUUUGUGGGUGAAAAUCGACCUGAGUUUGCUCAGCAGGGUGCCUGGCCAGGGUUUGGGGGAAAGAUCCAGAGUGGCAGAAAGGGACGGAAGUGAAGGGAGAGACAGAGAGAGACAGGGGGAGAGAGAGAGGAUAGUGGUGGCUGAGAGAGAAAGACAGAAGCAGGCCGAGAGAGAUUGGCCAGGGCUGAGAGAGAGGCAGAAGUUACCUAAAGGGGAGAAACAGGAAGAGGAAAAUGAGCGAUUAGUGCAGGACAGAGAGAGACAAGGUGACAGGGACAGAUUAACAGAGAGAGAGAGGCAGAUGGACAGAGAGGACAGAGAGAGAUUGGGGCUUGGGGAGAGGGAAAGGACGACGGGGAGGGACAGAGAGAAGGUGUGCCAAGGUCUGGGGGUCCUUGACAACCCCCCUGUGCAAGAGCAGAGUAAUCCCAGACUGGCAGGGAGGACGGAGAGAGGAGAGAGCGGAGGCAAACACAGGAGGCAGGCGGCUGGAAACAUGGUGGUCCCGACAGAGAAACACACCAGCAAGAGCAAGAGGAAACACAAGUCGGACCACAGUGAGUCAUCUGUCAAUGGCAAUAAAAAGCUGCGAUUGGACAAAGACUGUCAGCUCCUCCCACCCUGCAUCUCUCCAAUACACAACCACAAGAACAGCUCUACAGGUAGCUCUCUAAACAGGAAGCAGUCUCGACGGCGCGAUGACAAGCUGCUCCCUCCCCUCCUGUCCCCGCUCUCUGACGACCCCCCUCGUAAACGAACCUGCGACAGCAGUUCCUCUCUCAGCCAGGAGGGCAGCGCUGCUGGGAGGCUGCCCUGCUCCACCUCUUCUACUUCCACUUCCUCCCACAGACACAGGAGAGGCGAAGGCAAGGCGUCAUCACAUGCGAGAAAUGGCAGUGAAGUUGAUACCCACGUGGAGAAGCCCAGCGGAGACAGUUACCAUGCCAAUGGACAGUCAGACUCUGAGGUGUGGUCAGAGCCACAGGUGGAAGCUGCUGAACCUCGCAGGCCAAGACUGUCGUUUAGCGACACAGUCCACAGUGCAGACUACUACAUGCAGGAGGCCAAGAGACUGAAGCACAAGGCUGAUGCUUUGAUGGACAAAUUUGGUAAAGCGGUGAACUACGCAGAUGGUGCCCUCUCAUUCAUAGAGUGUGGAAAUGCUAUGGAGCGAGAUCCACUAGAGGCCAAAUCACCAUAUACCAUGUACUCUGAGACCGUGGAGCUAAUCAGGUAUGCCAUGAGGUUGAAGAAUUUCGCCAGCCAUUCAGCCACCAUCGCUGAGAAGAAACUAGCUGUGUUGUGUAACCGCUGUCUGUCUCUGCUGUAUCUGAGGAUGUUCCAUUUGAAGAAAGACCACGCUGUCAAGUACUCGCGGUCGCUCAUGGAGUACUUCAAGAAUUCAGCCAAGAGUUCCCACCAAGCACCCUCUCCCUGGAGGAUCAAUGGGAAGGUCAACGGGACUCCAUCUCCCCUCUCACUCAGCCCCUCCCCAGCCAGCAGCGGAGGUGGAGGAGCAGGAGGAGGCUCUGGAGGUGCCCCAGGCUCGUCAGGAAGUGUGGCUAUUCCCCAGCGGAUUCACCACAUGGCUGCCAGUCACGUUAACAUCACCAACAACAUCCUGCGGAGCUAUGAACACUGGGAGACGGCUGACAGACUGGCCACUGAUAGCCAAGAGUUCUUCCAGGAGCUGGACUCGGUGAUGGAGCCGUUGAGUCAGCAGAGCAGCAUGACAGAGCUGGUGCGAUACAUCAGGCAAGGACUGCACUGGCUCCGCUUAGAGGCUCACCUGCUGUAAGGACUGGACCAGAGCCAAAAUUUGAAAAAAAAAAAAAAAAAA